CUUCUGUGUGACAUUGAUAUAAUUUUUCUUUCAUUCUUUUAGCUCCAGCUUACAUGGUCAAAAAAAAAAAAUGCAGUGGGUCAAGGACCUAUUAGAGUUCAUAAUCCAAUGCUGGUACCACCGGAUGGUGAGUUAUCACCAUGAACUACCCAUUAACCCAAGAAUUUAAACACCCAUUUCUUAUUAAUGCGUUGAUCGAAGAAGUUGGAUCCAUUUAGGCUGAAGUGAAAUCUUGAAAGUGCAUGUUGAAUUAUCCUCAACCAUUACUGUAAAUACUCUUCUAGUCAGAUGCCACUACAGCACUACCUACAUAUACAAGUAGGGUUGGCUUUGAGUUGGAACCCGGAACAGUGGGAAAACACUACUGAUUUCAAAGAAUCAAGCAAUAGAACUGAAUGGAGUUUAAAGAAGCUGCUACGUGUUGUAGCUUGCUGGUGGAUCUUUGCAUAUUCUAUAUGCAAAGUUGACAUUUUCAAUAAACCCACAUGGAAGUAUUACAAAGGAACCUGGACCAGUGAGCAAGAUUUUCACAAUCCCACAUACAAUGCUUCAGGACUUCAGGCAAGCUCUUGUUUGUCCUUGUUCUAAAUUAAAAUUUUAAGAUCUUUUCACCAUCUAAAUUAAAAUCUGUUAACCUCUUUUUCCAAAGGAAAAAUAAAAAUCUCUUGUUUUGACCAUUUCAAAGAUGUGCAAAACAUUCUAAAUUAAGUGAUACUGGUGGGGAGUUUGUAUUAUGAUGUUAAUACAUGAUAAGGUUGCAC